GAGCGGGGAGGAUGGCGGGAGCGAUGGCGGCGGCGGCGGGGGGAAUGCUGCUGCUGCUGCGGCGGGGGCGGCCGCCGCCGGGGCUGGGACCGGCACCGCGGCGGUACCGGUACAAGGAGAAGUGGGCUGCCACGGCCCCCCGCAUCCCGCCCACGCGCCUGGCCCUGCACCACUUUGACGUGACCUACAGCCUGCAGCUGCGGGACCAGUGGCCCUCGGUGCGCGCCGGCCUGCUCUGCGAGCAGAAGUACGGUGCCCUUCUCAACAACUUCUCUGCCGUCCGCCACGUCGCCCAAGAGCUGGAGCUGCUGAACGCCACCGAUUUUGUUUCCCCAGCCCCCAAAAAGGAAGCGGGGAGAGGGGACGGCGUGUCCCCAGAGGGGUCUGGCGAGGGGAGGACGGCGGCGCGGGCAGAGACGGUGACACGGGCAGAGACGUCACCGCCGCUUCGUGCCUCCAUCCGCUCCAACAUCAGGUGUUACACCUUCCCCCGGGGCGACAUCACGCGCUUUCGCCCUGCACGGCCGGACACCCUGGGUCUCCUCGACUAUUAUCUCAUGGAUGCAGCGUCUCUUCUGCCCGUCCUGGCGCUCAACGUGCAGCCGGAUGACUUUGUCCUCGACCUCUGCGCGGCUCCGGGUGGCAAGACUCUGGCUCUGCUGCAGACCGGGAUUUGUGGACAUCUGGCAGCCAACGACGUCUCCAUCUCCCGGACGAAGAGGCUGUACCAGAUUCUCCAUAGCUACGUUCCCAGAGAAAUCAGGGAGACUGUGCGUGUCACGUCCUACGACGGACGGGACUGGGGGCAGCUGGAAGGUGGCACUUUCCAUAAGGUCCUCGUGGACGUACCCUGCACGACGGACAGACACUCUGUCAUGGAGCAGGACAACAACAUCUUCCACAGGAGAAGGACCAAGGAGCGUCAGAUGUUGCCCAUGCUGCAGCUGCAGCUGCUGAUGGCUGGGAUCCUCGCUACCAAGCCGGGAGGAGAGGUGGUGUAUUCUACGUGCUCCCUCUCCCUGCUGCAGAACGAGCACGUCAUCGAGAGAGCGGUUGAAGUCGCAGAGACCCAGUAUAACAUCAGUGUCCAGGUCGAGGACUUGAGCCACUUCAGGACGCUCUUCCAGGACACGUUUUCCUUCUUCUCGGAUUGCCGGCUGGGGGAGCUUGUUCUGCCUCACCUCACAGCCAACUUUGGACCUAUGUAUUUCUGCAAAUUACGUCGGAUGUAGACGGGGCGACAGACUCUAUCUGCUGGCUAUCAGGAAAUGCCUCAGGUUUCCAGGGGAAGCAAAACUGCUUUAUAUUUAUUUUUCUUUUUAAAACGUCCCAAAGGAAGUCUGCUUUUUUACCGCAGAUGUGGGGAAUAAAUGAGAACGACUUGCUGUAGAGUCUGCUGAAUAUUUGCCUGUUUGGGACUGAGGUGUUUAAUCUAGGAAAGCGAGAGGGGUCUUAUCAGAGGGAGCGGUUUAUCCGUUGGUCUCGGGAAGGGGUAAAUGGCCCUGUGUGGAUGCCGCUCUCUCCCUCCUGUCUGACUCCUUUGAUCCUACAAGAGCAGGUUUGGGUUAAUAAACACCAUCUGGGGAAUCUCA